AUGAAGUUGGUGAUAGCUCUGAGUGUUUGCUGCUUUGCGGCUUUUGCUGCUGCCUUCCCAGCUUCUGAGGACUCUGCAGCUCAGCCUGCUGCCCUUGUGGUCAGUGAUCCUGCUGAUGCUACUGAUGAACUUUUCAAGACUGCGGAAUCUGCUCAUCGUGGAGGAUGGGGAGGCUAUGGAGGAUAUGGCAGAGGCUACGGAGGUGGAUGGGGCGGUGGCUACGGUCGUGGCUGGGGCGGUGGAUGGGGAGGCGGAUGGGGACGCAGGAGAGGAUGGGGCUACGGAGGAGGAUAUGGAGGAUGGGGUGGUGGAUAUUAUGGCUAA